UGGCAUCUUCAAGCCUCCUGUAGUUGAUGAAUGAGCGUUUCCCAAAGUGUAUUCUGCGGAACUAGCACCUACUGUGUUCUCAACACCGUGCCACCUCUAGAAGAUGAUCAUGGGAACAGCAAUAGUAGUCAUGUAAAAAUCUUUUUACCGAAAAAGCUGCUUGAAUGUCUGCCGAAAUGUUCAAGUUUACCCAAAGAGAGGCACCGUUGGAACACUAAUGAGGAAAUUGCAGCUUAUUUAAUAACAUUUGAGAAGCACGAAGAAUGGCUAACCACCUCCCCUAAGACAAGACCACAGAAUGGCUCAAUGAUCCUCUACAACAGGAAGAAAGUAAAGUACAGGAAGGAUGGAUACUGCUGGAAAAAGAGGAAAGACGGGAAGACGACCAGAGAGGACCACAUGAAGCUGAAGGUCCAGGGAGUGGAGUGCUUGUACGGCUGCUAUGUCCAUUCCUCCAUCAUCCCCACCUUCCACCGGAGGUGCUACUGGCUCCUUCAGAACCCCGACAUCGUCCUGGUGCACUACCUGAAUGUCCCAGCCAUUGAGGACUGCGGGAAGCCCUGCGGCCCCAUCCUCUGCUCCAUCAACACUGACAAGAAGGAGUGGGCGAAAUGGACAAAAGAGGAGCUCAUCGGGCAGCUGAAACCCAUGUUCCACGGCAUCAAGUGGACCUGCAGCAAUGGAAACAGCAGCUCAGGCUUCUCUGUGGAGCAGCUGGUGCAGCAGAUCCUCGACAGCCACCAGACCAAGCCACAGCCUCGGACCCACAACUGCCUCUGCACGGGCAGCUUGGGCGCGGGCAGCAGUGGGCACCACAAGUGCAACAGUGCCAAACACCGUAUCAUCUCGCCGAAGGUCGAGCCGCGGACAGGGGGGUACGGGAGUCAUGCGGAGGUGCAGCACAACGACGUGUCCGAGGGCAAGCACGAGCACAGCCACGGCAAGGGCUCGAGCCGCGAGAAGAGGAAUGGCAAGGUGGCCAAGCCCGUGCUCCUGCACCAGAACAGCACGGAGGUCUCCUCCACCAACCAGGUGGAGGUGCCCGACACGACACAGAGCUCCCCCGUGUCCAUCAGCAGCGGGCUCAACAGCGACCCGGACAUGGCGGACAGCCCCGUGGUCACCGGCGUGUCCAGCAUGGCCGUGGCCUCCGUGAUGGGCAGCUUGUCCCAGAGCGCCACGGUGUUUAUGUCUGAGGUCACCAACGAGGCCGUGUACACCAUGUCCCCCACCACCGGCCCCAACCACCACCUCCUCUCGCCCGACGCCUCUCAGGGCCUCGUCCUGGCCGUGAGUUCCGACGGCCACAAGUUCGCCUUCCCCACCACGGGCAGCUCGGAGAGCCUGUCGAUGCUGCCCACCAACGUGUCCGAAGAGCUGGUCCUCUCCACCACCCUGGAUGGCGGCCGGAAGAUUCCAGAGACCACCAUGAACUUUGACCCCGACUGUUUCCUCAAUAACCCAAAGCAGGGCCAGACGUACGGGGGCGGAGGCCUGAAGGCGGAGUUGGUCAGCACCAACGUGCGGCACUCGCCGCCAGUGGACAGGGCCUUCAGCUUCACCACCGUCCUCACCAAGGAGAUUAAGACCGAGGACACCUCCUUCGAGCAGCAGAUGGCCAAAGAAGCGUACUCGUCCUCGGCGGCGGCCGCGGCGUCCAGCUCCCUCACCCUGACCGCCGGCUCCAGCCUCCUGCCGUCGGGCGGCGGCCUGAGUCCCAGCACCACGCUCGAGCAGAUGGACUUCAGCGCGAUAGACUCCAACAAGGACUACACGUCCAGCUUCAGCCAGACGGGCCACAGCCCCCACGUCCACCAGACCCCGUCCCCGAGCUUCUUCCUGCAGGACGCCAGCAAGCCCCUCCCCCUCGAGCAGAACGCCCACAGCAGCCUGAGCGACUCUGGGGGCACCUUCGUGAUGCCCACGGUGAAAACGGAGGCCUCGUCGCAAACCAGCUCCUGCAGCGGCCACGUGGAGACGAGGAUAGAGUCCGCCUCCUCCCUCCACCUCAUGCAGUUCCAGGCCAACUUCCAGGCCAUGGCUGCGGAAGGGGAGGUCACCAUGGAGACCUCGCAGGUUGCCGAAGGGGGCGAGGGCCUGAUCAAGUCUGGAGAGCUGCAGGCCUGUAGCUCCGAGCACUACCUGCAGCCCGAGACCACGGGGGUGAUCCGCGGCGCCGGUGGGGUCCCCGUCCUCCCAGGCAACGUGGUGCAGGGCCUCUACCCUGUGGCCCAGCCUGGCCUGGGCAAUGCCUCCAACAUGGAGCUCAGCCUGGACCACUUUGACAUCUCCUUCAGCAACCAGUUCUCCGACCUGAUCAAUGACUUCAUCUCCGUGGAGGGGGGCAGCGGCACCAUCUAUGGGCAUCAGCUGGUGGCGGGGGACGGCGCAGCGCUCUCCCAGUCGGAAGACGGGGCCCGCGCGCCCUUCGCCCAGGCGGAGAUGUGCAUCCCCUGCUGCAGCCCCCAGCAGGGGAGCCUGCAGCUGAGCGGGGCCGAGGGCGGGGCCGGCGCCAUGGCCUACAUGCACGUGGCCGAGGUGGUGUCCGCCAGCCCCGCGCAGGGCGCGCUGGGGCUGCUGCAGCAGAGCGCUCGGGUGUUCAUGGUGACCGACUACUCCCCGGAGUGGGCGUACCCAGAGGGAGGAGUGAAGGUUCUCAUCACAGGCCCGUGGCAAGAAGCCAGCAAUAAUUACAGCUGUCUGUUCGACCAGAUCUCAGUGCCUGCGUCCUUGAUUCAGCCCGGGGUUCUGCGCUGCUACUGCCCAGCCCAUGACACUGGUCUUGUGACCCUACAAGUUGCCUUCAACAACCAGAUCAUCUCCAACUCAGUGGUGUUUGAGUACAAAGCUCGGGCCCUGCCCACACUCCCCUCCUCCCAGCAUGACUGGUUGUCACUGGACGAUAACCAGUUCAGGAUGUCCAUCCUAGAGCGCCUGGAGCAGAUGGAAAGGAGAAUGGCUGAGAUGACGGGGUCCCAGCAGCACAAGCAGGGGAGCGGAGGAGGCAGCAGUGGAGGGGGCAACGGGACUGGGAACGGAGGAAGCCAAGCUCAGUGCGCUUCUGGCCCUGGGACACUGGGGAGCUGCUUCGAGAACCGUGUGGUGGUCGUGUGUGAGAAGAUGAUGAGCCGAGCCUGCUGGGCCAAGUCCAAGCACUUGAUCCAUUCGAAGACCUUCCGUGGGAUGACGCUCUUGCACCUGGCUGCCGCGCAGGGCUACGCCACCCUCAUCCAGACCCUCAUCAAGUGGCGCACAAAGCAUGCAGAUAGCAUUGAUUUGGAACUGGAAGUUGACCCCUUGAAUGUGGACCACUUCUCCUGUACCCCUCUGAUGUGGGCAUGUGCUCUAGGGCACUUAGAAGCUGCCGUCGUUCUGUACAAGUGGGACCGUCGGGCCAUCUCUAUCCCUGACUCUCUAGGAAGGCUGCCUUUGGGGAUUGCCAGGUCAAGGGGUCAUGUGAAAUUAGCAGAGUGUCUGGAGCACCUGCAGAGAGAUGAACAGGCACAGCUGGGGCAGAACCCCAGAAUGCACUGUCCUCCAAGCGAGGAGCCCAGCACGGAGAGCUGGAUGACCCAGUGGCACAGCGACGCCAUCAGCUCUCCAGAAAUACCCAAAGGAGUCACUGUUAUUGCAAGUACCAAUCCAGUACAGGUGACUGGAAAUCCGAAGGGGACCAGUGUAGGAGAGGAUGCAGCACCUUCACAGGUGCGUCCUCGGGGACCCACGAGUGUCCUGAUGAUGGCUAACAGAGAGGUGGUGGAUUCAGAGAUGGGGCCCUACCGUGAUAGCGCAGAGCGCGCGGAAUGCUCACAGCCCAUGGACGAGAUACAGGUGAACAUGAUGACCUUGGCAGAGCACAUCAUUGAAGCCACACCUGACCGAAUUAAACAGGAGAGUUUUGUGCCCACGGAGCCCUCGGCAUUGGAAAGACCAGACACUGCCACCAUCAGCAGUACCAUGAGCUGGCUGGCCAGUUACCUAGCCGAUGUCGACCGUCUGCCAAGCGCUACCCAGAUCAGAAGUGUAUAUAACGAGCCUCUCACCCCUUCUUCUAAUACCAGCUUGAGCCCUGUUGGCUCCCCAGUCAGUGAAAUAGCUUUUGAGAAACCCAGCCUUCCCUCAGCAGCAGACUGGUCAGAAUUCCUGAGUGCGUCUACCAGUGAGAAGGUGGAGAAUGAAUUUGCUCAGCUGACUCUUUCUGAUCACGAGCAGAGAGAGCUCUAUGAAGCCGCCAGGCUUGUCCAGACCGCUUUCCGGAAAUACAAGGGCCGACCCUUGCGGGAGCAGCAAGAAGUAGCCGCCGCUGUCAUUCAGCGUUGUUACAGAAAAUACAAACAGCUGACAUGGAUAGCCUUGAAGUAUGCACUUUAUAAAAAGAUGACACAGGCUGCCAUCCUAAUCCAGAGUAAAUUCCGAAGUUACUACGAACAAAAAAAAUUCCAGCAGAGCCGACGUGCUGCUGUGCUGAUCCAGAAGUAUUACCGGAGUUAUAAGAAAUGUGGCAAGAGACGGCAGGCUCGCCGAACAGCCGUCAUCGUGCAACAGAAACUCAGGAGCAGUUUGUUAACCAAAAAGCAGGACCAAGCUGCUCGAAAAAUAAUGAGGUUCCUCCGCCGCUGCCGCCACAGAGUGAAAGAGUUGAGAAAGGCCAAGGAACUUGAAGACAUACAGCAGCAUCCCUUAGCAAUGUGACAUUGCUUUUCAGACUGUUUUCAUUUCUGUUUUUAGCAGAGACAUGCAACGACACACACACGCACGCACACACACACACGCACACACACACACAAUCCCUCUGCAGUUUUGGGGAGAUCAGCUGCAGGAUUUUAACAGGAAUGUGUUGGUCAUUGCAUUUGCACUUUCAUGGACAACUUUUAAUUUGAUCAGCAAGACAUCUUGGAACUCAAUCUUCUGUUGGAUCAUGGGAAAACAAGACACCACGAGGAAUUGAAAGAGGCUUCCUCUUCUUAGGAAGAAGCCGGUUUCCUUCUCAUAUAGGGCUGUAUUCAAACAUCGUGUGGAACUGUACAAAUAUUUAUACCAAAAAUAUAGACAAGCAAAGGUGGGGAUGCACUAGCAACAAAAGAGAAUGCUGCUCCUGCACCUGUCAUUUACUUCCAAGAAGCUGAAUCUUUGGGAUUGAUUCUCAGUGGAGGGCUUAGAUCAUACAAAUCUUUAUUGGGUCCGUGUGUUCUCAUUUCCUUCACUGAUCUUAUUUUAUUUUAAUUUGUGUUUGUUUUAAUCUCUACAGCACACUUAAUGCAACUUUAAAAAUCUGCAGGUUUUUAAUGUCUUGUGGAAAUUUGCAGAGGGGCGGGUGUGUGGUAAACGGGUAAUGCAUGGGAACUAAUGAGAAACAGCUUACAGAGUUUAAAUUUAUUUUCUUGUCCCCACCACCUCCCAAGAACCUGCGAGUAUAGUGAUCAUCUUGUCCCUUUUGUCAUGCUCAGCACUUUAAUUUUUGGGCCUUACUUUCAUGUGCAAUGAGAUUUACUUAGAGAAUUGGUACAGCAUGGAGCUUUUUUUAGUAACCUUGGAAACUGUAGUCAUUCUAAGGAAUCAUAAACCUUGCCUGGACAUUUGCCACCUAAAAGAUCAGUGUGGUGCUGCGUUCUGGCCAGUAAAUUCCAUAUUUUUGGCUAUAAUCUCAUCCAAACUGAGCAGUUUCUGUGUAUAUAUAAAAGGUAGAAUCGGAAAGUGAGAAAAUAUUUGAAAGGGAUUAUAUUAAUUGCUAAAUAUUUUAUUCACAAAGGUCAAUAACAUGGCAAGAUAAAAUUAUUUGUAUAGUUUUGUCUGAACGAGCGAGAAAAAUGUGGAUGUAUUGUUUGUAUAUAUUGUAUAUAUUAAAACAAAGAGAUAUGUGCAUGAAAUCAAGAAAAAAGAAAUGAACAAAAGCAAAGCAUUAGUGGCUAUGGUCUGUAAAAUGAAACAAAAAAAAACUUUAUUUCACUAUAAGAGUACUUUAUUUUAAAUGUUCUUUAGAAGAACAUUUUGCUAAAGCAUGACUAAGCUGCAAAAAACAAAAAACAAAAAAAAAAAGAGCUACUGUAUUUAGACUUAGGAUAAAAGGCAGAGUAACAUUACUUAAAAAAAAAAAAAAAGGAUAUGUUUACAUUUAAUUUUGGCUACCAGGAGUUUAUUUUAUUUAAUUUAAAAUUUUUUUGCCAACGGUGCCAAGUAAUGUGAAUGCUAAUAUUGCUUAAGAAAAUUAAGUUACUUUUGCUAAACAGAUAAUCAUAAGAUGAAUCCGUAUAUAGCUUAACACCAUCCACUCACUCCAACAAAGAACACUUAGAACGAUGAAAACCUGACAAAAGAAAUGGUAUGACAAGUAGGAAAACGUCUCACGUUUUUCAUAUCUCCUGCUGGAAAUCAGAAAACGGAACAAAAAUUGCACAAAAAAUAACUAAAAAUUUAAAAGGGUUGUCAUGGUCUGUUACUCUUUCCAUAUAACGAGGAGCCAAAGAAAUCUGAUGCUUUUAAAAAUUAAACUCCUAACGUUAAAUUGAGAGAAUAAAGUUCGAAUUUGCUGAUGCCAGUUUAAAAUUCCCAGGUAAAGUUUCAGGAUCAGUUGGUGUGAAGCUGAAGUGAUAGUUUUUGUUUUGUUUUCUUUUUCUUGGUUCUGGCUGCCAACUGUAAGUUAAAAACUCAAGGCUCGUUGUGAAGCCUAAAAAUAUUCACAAAUAAGCUUUUAAACUGGUGUCUUUAGAAGGAAGGUAGAUACAAAGAGAUUGUGGUAAAAACUGGGGUCAGUGCUCUUGGUGCCUUUUCUAUAAUUGUACUUGUUUUUUAAUUACUUCCUUUCACUGCCAACCUCGGAUUACUGUACAGUAUACGUCGUACCGCUUGUGAUCAGCUUUGACAACAGUGACAGCCCCACGGCCAGUAGCCACCUGUACAUUUGUAAACUGACCUGGCUCUGUUUUGUUUUUAAAUGUGUGGGUUAUGUUGCAGCUGUUGCACUCCCCCCACCCCAAAUACCUAUUAUUUUAAACGAUUUGACCUGUAGGAGGACACUGAGUAAUUUACAAAACACACAAUUGUAUCCAUAAAUGGGAAUAGGAAGGUGAAAGCCAGCUCUUUCAGAAUAUCCCAUAUUAGAACUGAAAUUAGAUACGUUUAUUCCAUUUAUUAUGGUACAAAUAACUGAUCUUUUGACAAGAGUAAUGACCUCAGUGGAUUUGCUUUAACCCUCACCUUUGUUUAUUUAUUCAUUUAUUUUUUUUAAUGUCUCCCAUGCUACAUUAUUAGCCGAGUAAGUUAGAAACUUCUGGAAGAUAAAGACUUAACAUAGAGUUAGGAGGGUUCUUACGGAGGGGAUAGGAAGUAGGUUCAAAACCUACCGGUGUAGCCCACCAGUACAACUGUGAAUCUUAGGUGAGGUACGAAUGCACUUCCACUGAAACGAAGCAUUUCUGACCGCUUUUCCUUGGUUGUGAAUCUUAAUUUUGAAUAUAAGAUGAUAGGUAAGCGCAGCUUUCUUGGAUAAUCUGAAUUCCCAAGUGCCAGGAGUAGGACUUCAUUAUAAAAUUAAUAGCUAAUCUUAUUCUGUCUCCUGAAGAUUUAAUUGCUAUUCUUGUUACCCAUUUGAAAUCAGCUGUACUGUGUGAACGAAAAUAAAGACAAUAAACCGAACCCCUCUCUGGCUGCACGGUCGCUUAUGGCAGUUCCACACAGUAGUUGGCGCCCAAUGGGGGGUCCCCGAGACUUGCAUGUAAAACUAGUCUAGAUGUCUUCUUUUUUGUAAGUUUUAUUUUUGUAAUUGUGCAUGUGAAGCAUCAUUGAAUCAAUGGAUCUGUUGAAGAACUCAGCUGCUGGAAACCAUGCAAAAUGUUUUGAAUUGCCCUUAAAAUAUGGAAAAUGUUUUCUGAAUGCUUUAUAUUCUUUCUGCUGUAAAUUAAAAAUGAAGAAAAUUUCCCCAUA